UCAGUCAUCUUUGCAAUUUGCAUCGUUACGAGUGUACCCAAGUGAUGAGUGAAGCAUUGCCGAUAAAUUUGUUAAUGAAACUGUAAACUGGGAAACAGCAGUGUAAAAUGCAACCGACGGUCGGUGUCCUGUUGCGACGAUGUGCAGUGUGGACUGGAGGCGGUGGUGGAACAAACCUGCUGCACCGUCGUUUUGGUAGCAGGGAAUGGCUAAUGUUACGGCAACUGCACCGCUUAGUGCAACCAACUAUCGGAAACCGCCAGAAAAGUCCUCAUCCGUGCCGUCAGUUUGCAACAUUGGCCAGCAAGGCAAAGAAGGAGAAACAGAAGAAUGCGGCUGCGGAAAAAGCAUUUUCAUCAUCUGCAGCGGCAUCCGGGCAGCCUUCGAGUGCCGCUGAAGAGCCGAAGGGGUUGCCGGAUUUCAUCGAUCAUCGCAUCAAAAUCUACGACGAACUGAUGGCGCAAUAUCGGGAGGAGCUUGAGAAGAAGGAAAAGAGUCCCAUAAAGGUGACGCUUCCGGACGGAAAGCAGGUGGAUGGGCUGAGCUGGCAAACGACACCGUAUGAAGUGGCUAAGGGAAUCAGCCAGGGACUGGCGGACAACACCGUCAUUGCGCGGGUCAACAAUGAAUUGUGGGACCUGGACCGACCACUCGAGGGUGACUGCAAGCUGCAGUUGCUGAAGUUUGACGAUCCGGAUGCGCAGGCCGUUUUCUGGCACAGUUCCGCACAUAUUUUGGGUGAGGCGAUGGAGAAACGAUACUGUGGACACCUGUGCUACGGGCCUCCGAUUGAGAAUGGGUUCUACUACGAUAUGUUUCUGGAGGGAAGUGGAAUUUCCAACCAGGACUAUGGUGUUCUCGAAUCUGAGGUAAAGCGUAUCGUGAAGGAAAAGCAACCCUUCGAACGGUUGGAGAUGAAAAAGGCUGAUUUGCUGCGGAUGUUCGAGUACAACCAAUUUAAGGUCCGCAUUCUUAACGAGAAGGUGACCACCGAUACAACAACCGUCUACCGGUGUGGUCCGCUUAUCGAUCUGUGCCGUGGACCACAUGUCCGCAACACGGGCAAGGUGAAGGCGCUCAAAGUGGUGAAGAACUCGGCCACCUACUGGGAAGGCAAAGCGGACGCGGAGACGCUUCAGCGCGUGUACGGCAUAUCGUUCCCCGAUCCGAAGCAACUGAAGGAGUGGGAAAAGAUCCAGGAGGAAGCGGCCAAGCGUGACCACCGGAAGCUUGGUAAGGAGCAGGAGCUAUUCUUCUUCCACGAGCUAUCGCCGGGAUCGUGCUUCUUCCAGCCGAAGGGAGCACAUAUCUACAACACGCUGAUGAACUUCAUUCGCGGAGAGUACCGUAAGCGCGGCUUCCAGGAGGUUAUCUCACCGAACAUCUACAAUGCCAAGCUGUGGCAGACUUCGGGCCACUGGCAGCACUAUGCGGAGAACAUGUUCUCGUUCGAGAGCGAAAAGGAAACCUUCGCACUGAAACCGAUGAACUGUCCCGGCCACUGUUUGAUGUUCGAUCACCGUAAUCGAUCAUGGCGUGAGCUUCCGCUUCGUAUGGCCGAUUUCGGAGUGUUGCACCGUAACGAACUGUCCGGGGCGCUGACCGGUUUGACACGCGUUCGCCGUUUCCAGCAGGAUGACGCCCACAUUUUCUGCAUGCCAGAUCAAAUCCGCGAGGAGAUUACAGGAUGUUUGGACUUUUUGCGCCACGUUUACACCAUCUUCGGAUUCACGUUCAACCUCGUGCUUUCGACCCGUCCGGAGAAGUACCUCGGCGAGAUUGAGGUGUGGAAUGAGGCGGAAAAGGCGUUGGCCGACUCGUUGGACAAGUUCGGUGAGCCGUGGAAGGAGAAUCCGGGCGAUGGUGCGUUCUACGGACCGAAGAUUGACAUCACGAUCAUGGAUGCGCUCAAGCGAAACCAUCAGUGCGCCACGAUUCAGCUCGAUUUUCAGCUGCCGAUUCGUUUCAAUCUGAACUACAUCGACGACAAUGGCGAGAAAAAACGGCCGGUUAUCAUUCAUCGGGCAGUGCUCGGUUCGGUUGAACGUAUGAUCGCGAUUCUGACGGAGAACUACGCGGGCAAGUGGCCGUUCUGGCUGUCCCCCCGGCAGGUUAUGGUGGUGCCGGUUGGCCCAGCGUACGACGAGUAUGCGGACAAGGUGCGAGAGCGAUUGCACGAGGCUGGCUUCAUGGUCGAGGCGGAUCUGGACGCGGGCGAUACGAUGAACAAGAAGAUCCGUAACGCUCAGUUGGCACAGUUUAACUUCAUCUUGGUUGUCGGAGAGAAGGAACGUAGCUCGGACACGGUGAAUGUGCGUACCCGCGACAACAAGGUGCAUGGCGAAGUUUCAGUCGAUGACUUGGUAACCAAGCUGUCGAAGCUGCGGGAUGAGUUUGCUCGCGGGGAAGAUCAAUUUUAAAGUGUCGCAUUUAGAAAGGCAAGAGAGUAAUACGCUAAUCGUGUGCAGUUAUUUCAUAUGGCCGCCAGGAAAAGAAACGGUUGGAAUUUAAAGUGGCACAUAUUGUUUAAGCUUACCCGGUAGAAUGUGUCAGUAGAAAUUUUGACAAUUUCUACAAUUUCUCUUUGUUUUUUGAAAAUAAAUUAUUGUUCUUCAUCUUAUCUGCUUGUACUACAACCUCUCGUUGAGAUGAAAUAAAACUAUGAACUCUGGUAAAUGAUUACGAAACU